AUGAACUCCAAAAAGAACCAUUUGAACAAAGUCGGCAGGCAAACGGCGAACCCCACUUUCGGGAGGAAAAGUAAUUCCUAUAAGGAAAACACCUACGGACAGACGAACGGAGGGAAGAUUUUCAAGUUCAUGAGCGAUUUGAAGUAUAAUGGCUACGGCAACAAACUGGACGGAGCGCAUUCUGACAACAGCUCCAGCACCAGUCGGAAUGGAAAAAGGUACGGUGUAAGUAGCAAAAGAAGAAGCAAACAACGGCAGCCGGAGGUGGAAGAAGAGGAAGAAGAGGAAGAGGAAGAAGAUGAAGAGGAGGAAGAUGACGAAGAGGACGAAGACGAAGAGGACGAUGAUGAAGAGGAGGAAGACGAAGAGGACGACGAUGAUGAGGACGACGCGGAUGAGGACGAUGGAGAAGACGAAGACGAGACGAACAGCAGCGAAAUGAGCGAUCUCUCCGUGAAAAAAAAAAGAAAAGAAAAAAAGAUGCAUAGAGAUGAUAACUUCUACGAAGGAAUCGAAUCAUCCAAUAUAAAAAAUAAAGUCAAUCUAAAAAAUUAUAACUCCGAUUACUACGAUAUUUAUUCCAACAUAUACUCCUAUUAUGAUAUUUUUACUGAAGAUAAAAAUGAAAAAAAAAAGUUCAAAUAUUUUAAGGACGUUUUUUCCAAUUUUGAUGACAAGUAUGAAAAUAAGGAAUAUAAGCACGGGCUGGACUUGAGCAAAAAGCUGCAAGAGAAACACAUCCCGAUUAUCCAUCCGAACAAAAAAGGAACCCAUUUUGAUAAAUCGUUUACUAAAGAGGACAGGGGAAACGCCUCCCCCCUCAUUCCCAACCUCCUCGCUGCAGAAAAUAGCAACUCGAACAGCGCGGGGGGAACUGGUAAACUCGGUAGUAACGUCAACACUGCGUUUUUGAGCAGCAGUGUUUUCCAAAAUGGUGAUAGCAGAGACCCCCGGGGCGGUAAGGAAAAUCUGGACAAUAGAGACAGCAACGAUAACGAUGACAGCACUGAUGUCGCCGCCGCGAUGAAUGGCCUGCGCAAUGAAUUCUAUGCCGGAAGUGGUUCCCUGAGGGCGAAGCGGAAUAACUUGAAAAAAGGCGAGGCGAACAAAGACUCUAUGCUCAAAAAUAACAAGAAGAAACUCGUCCCUUUGAAAAAGAAAAAGAAAAAAAAAAGCACCAGCGAAGAUGUCAUCGUGAACGAUAGGGACAAUUUGAGAACGCACGUGAACACGAACCAGAGUACUAACCCGAUUUCUGCUGCGAGUGCUGCUGCGAGUGUUGCCGUGAAUGCUGCCGUGAAUGCUGCCGUGAAUGCCGCUGUCAGUGCUUCCCCAAGUGCGAAUCCAAACGUCAUUGAAUUUAAAAAGAACCUCGGCGGUCCGAAAAGCUGCGCAGAGGGCAUCUACGGCAAGCAAGACCUUUCCAACCUGAGGGGAAGCGCGAACGCGAGCAGGGAAAAAGUGAAGAAGAAAUUCAGCCACCCUGCGGAGGAGACCGCCAGUAUUGCUAGGAAGUCAAAGGGGAGAAGCAGGAAGCCCGGCCUGUUUAACAAUCAGGAAAAUAGCGAACUGAGCAGCGCCACCCAUUAUGCGAAGUAUGCCAAGUAUGGCAAGUUCGCGAAGUAUGAGAAGGACGGCAAUCCGGUGCAGGAAAGGACCAAGUCGCACCUGGGCACCGCCAGCGGUGCUGCACACCGGAAAGGCAGCCUGGGCAAUGUCAGCCAUGUCAGCAAUGUGAGUAACGCCAGUGAUGCAAGCAAUCUCAGCAACCUGAGCAACUCUAGCAACCCAAGCAACAUCAGCUUGGACAGCUCGUGCUCCAUCGAGUUGGACAAUCCCCUGGAGGAGGGAAAAGUGCCGGACGUGAAAAAAGAAGGAAGCAUGAAAUUUUUAAAAAACCCAACCAAGAAGCGAAUGAACAAGCUGAAGAAAAUCGUAGAGAUAUUGGAAUAUUCCAUUUACAAUGAAGAAAAGAAAGGAUCUAAAUUGGAGUCAAAACUGUACGACUACGUACUCCUAACGAGGAGCCUCAAACAAGAAAUUGCAAACCUGGAGGAACUUAACAGCAGCAAUAAGAGCAAAAUGGCUAGCUAUGAAAAGGACAUAACCAAGCUGAAAGAGCAGAACGAAGAAAUGAAAUUGACACUUUCCACAUUCGAAAAUGAGCUAAGCAGUUUAAUAAACAAGUUCGAUAAAAACUUUGCCAAAGAAUUGAUCGACACGAAAACGCAGAACGAUGUGCUGAAGAAGGAAGUCGAGAAACUCAAAAUGGAGAUCGAGAAAAAAAACCACGAAAUUAAGAAAAUUGAAAAUUCGAAUGACUUGUCGAAGAAGCUAAGUGCGGAGAAUAUCGCGAUGCAGGGAGGGGCAGGAGUAGUGUCCUCCUCUGUCCACACAUCGGGCGUCACCAGUACAAGUACAACAAAUGGUCCAUUGAAUAAUUUGAACGUGGCCUAUGGGGUUGUUAGCUCCACCAGUGCACCAACCAGCGGUAACAGAAUCCCCGCGCUGAGUGAUCAAAAUGAACAGGGAGGAGACCUCGGAGGAAAACCCCUGGAGAAGAACCUCAAAGAAUCAAUCACCACGGCGUACGAGUUCCCUUUUUACUACGGUACGAGCGAAGAAAUUGAGCCAUCUGUGGUUGACGAUUUGAUACUAAAAAUGAAAACAAUCAGAAUCGUGUAUGAGAAAAAUAUCGAAAGGUAUGAUGAUGACACGAAGGCGACGAUUUACGGCUGCUACAUCUCAAACUUUAUUUUAGAAAAUAAAGACAUAUGCAAUCACAGGAAGGUGUUGAAGCACUUACAGGAUUAUUGUGUAGUGGAAUCGAAAAUGCUGAAUAUGCAUUUGAGCCUACGCAAGGAAAGGUGCGACAAUGUGCCCCUGAAAGAACUGGAGAAGGAGGUCAUUAGACAGCUCGAAAAUCCAGACUCGGACAAAAACAAAGAGAGGGUGGCCCUCAUCAACUCGAUUAUGCUAACUCUAGUGUUUAAGAAUACACACAUUUAUAAUUUAUAUCGCCUGUUCGUGAUUUGCUUAAAGUGCGAUAAUUUUCGGUGGAUACGUAUAAUGAAGAAGUCCCUUUUUUUGAAGUUUUUCGACUUGUGUUUGAUUGACCCCAACGUGAAGGGGAGCAUCUCCCUCCCGAACGUGAAGGAGGCGAGGCUGAUCCAUCUCACGCCCGAGGAAGCACUGUCCGACCCGCAGGAGCGCCUACCCGUUGACAACGUCCAUCAAGUGCAGUAUCAUAUCAAACACCCCAUGUUCUACUGCUCCAACGAAACAGUGAAGAGACUCAUCUCGAGCAUGUUUCUGAACUUCGCCAAGGACCCAAUCAACCCUCAAAACGAUGACAACAUAUAUCACUUUGUGUUACAGAAGAAGAACUUUGACUUGCUCAAGCUACUGAAAUUGUCUGGGAAAAAUUACAACUAUAUAUUUAACAAAAAUGGAGAAAACAAAACUCCACUGGACUACAUAGACAAUGAGGACAUCAAAAUUGACCUCAUUUCUGGGUACAUCCUAGACAUAGCAGGAAAGGGAGCAGAUAAUUAUAAAAACGCAAAGUAUGAUAUAGCCUUCGACCUGUACAGUGAAGCGCUGGAGAAACAAAUAAAACUUUCAGAAUCCGUUAGGAUGGGUAAAUCAAUGAAUGAAAAUAUAGGGAAGCUUUAUUACAACCGAGCUAGGACAUUAAUGCACCUGAACAAAUGGAUCGACGUUAUUGAAAAUUGCAACAACUGCUUGAAAUACAUUCCCAAAUAUAUUAACGCUUUCGACACGCAGAUACACGCGUACGAAAAUUUGCUGGAGUAUGAAAAUGCCCUCUUGACGUAUAAAAAUAUGUGUAUGAAAUGUAACAUCAAACCGGAUGAUAAGGAAGACAAACUCAAGUCACAGAUAAAUGCCACCUCCUUUCAAAUUCUAAAUGUCAACAGGAAUUGCUCCGUCGCAGAAAUCAAGCAGGCCUUCUCGAACUUAUCCAAGAAGUGGCACCCUGACAAACUUGGCAUAAACAGUAGUCCAGAUAUUAAAAAAAGGCACAACAAUCACUUUAAGCGACUUUUUAAGGCCAAGCAACUGCUCCUGAAUGAUGCCGAAAGGCUCAAGGAGAAGAAGAAGAAAGAGACCAACUAUGUGUAUCCUCAAAUUAUCGAAGAUGUAAACCACCCACUGAGUAAUAACAGAACCGGCUCGCAUAACAUGCAGAAGGGUGGAACCCCAGCUGAUAGCGUAAACGCGCCAUCUCAGCAGAGAGAUGGUAACAUUCCCACCACUGCCAGUAAUACUAAUGACAGUGGUACUACCCCUCAUAAGGAUGACCUAGGAGCCAAUACAGGGGACGCCCCCCUUAACACCAACGCAGGCACAUUUGACUCAACCACGCAGACUUCCACUUUUGCCAGUGAUGCCAAGAACACCUUCUACCAUACGUACAAAGAUGAUAUUGACAAAUUUCAGGAGAAACUAAAAAACUUCAACAAAGGAUUGAACAACGAAUCGGACGACAACAAAAAUGCCAACCCCUUCCUCAACCUCUUCGAUGGGAAACUCACCAAUCUGAAUAACGAAAAAGUCGAUGAAAAUUUUUACAAAAAAUUGAAAGAGGAGUACGAAGGACUCUCUGAUGAUGAGAUCACUAAUUUUAAAACCAAAAUUUCCAACUCGAUUAAUAACCUCAUACAGACGGAACUCAAUUUGAAGAGAGAGUACCAGGAGCUGUGCAUAAAGGAAAAAACAAAUGUCAUUAUGAAUGCCCGCCUCUGCAUUUUGCAAGAGAUACAGAAGGCGUUGUGUGUCCGAUUGGACAAAGAGAGGAAGCUGAAAGUGGUGGAGAGCAUAAUUAAGGGAAGAACUGAGGAACGAUCCCUUAACUCGGCAAAGGCAAAUGAGGGUGGGGGGGCUACCGAAGAGGAGAUUCCCCGCGAAGGCGAAAGGGAUGCCCCUCGAAUUGCCAGAAGCGCAGGGUAUGGGGCUGAUCCCCAAGGCGAAGACGAAAAGGAAAAGGAUUAUCUCCAAAAAAACUCAUCCAACUUGAAAAAGGGCGCAUCCGAACCAGAGGUCAAAUGGGAAAACUCCAAAAGGAAAAGCAACUCCGAUAAUGGUGGACGCUUUUUAGAAGACACGGCAUUUUUUCGAGAUGCGCAGAACAGCAAAGGGGAUAGCGGAUUCACGUCAGCGGAGAGAAAGAAACAACGCCUCGAAGAAAGUGAUGAACAUGGCGGCGAAGGCGACCAUUCCAUCGAUCGUAGUGACGAUGAUGAGUAUGACGUUGGCUCCGGUGAGCGACGUGCCAGUAAGCGAAAUGGAGACCAACUGGAACAAGCAAAAAACACGCAGCAGGAAGCAGCGGAAGACAAAAUGCACAAAGGCGCCUCGAAGGAGUUGUUCUGCAAUGACGACAGGGGAUAUUUCGAGGAGAGCCAAAAAAAUAAAAACACCCCAAGCGGAAGCAGUAACGAGUGUGCAGGGGGUGACAAUGUCGAUCAGAGAAGUAGGAGAAAAAAAAAAAACGCAGAUUUUAAGGACAACAACAUACAGUGGGAGGAAGACGAAACGGAGAGAGGUGACAAAAAGAAAAACCAGAAAAACAAAAUGGUCGCAGAGGACAACGACCAUGAGAACUUCAUAUUUUGGGAUGAAAAGGGGAGCGACCAUCACGAGGGAAAGGACAAUUCAUACAUCUUCGAGGCUUCUGAUAUAUUCCAAGGGAAGAAUGAAGGGAAAAAUCAAGUGAAAAAUGAAGGAAAACAUCCAGAGAAAAAUCAAGGCAAAAAUGAAGUGAAUAAUCAAGUGAAAAAUGAGGGCAAUAACUUCUUCGACAGCGUCAGUGCUAAUCAUCCUAGUGAGGCCAACCAACCAUUUAGGCACUCAAACGGACUACCGGGGGAGGACCGCUCCAUGGGCCAAUAUGAAAAGAUCUUCACUGGUGACAGAUUAGAAGGAAACAAUUUUUUUUUCUUAAGUAAGAGCAACAAAGGGAAGAACAGCCUGAACAAUGCAGUGGGGUCGUUUUACGAUGGGAAUACUGAACAGGCAAAUGGGAAUCAGCACAACAGUUUUGCCAGCAAGAGAGAAGGAGACGCCCCUCAAGGAGACGGAGAAGAAGGGGAAGACGAAGUAGACAGUAACGGGGAAAUGACCAGUGGUCACCAUUUCGCAAAAUCCAUGAGUGAAAGGGACCCGUUUGAUUUCCCCCACGGCGGAAAUUACGAUUACGAGUUGGAAAGUCGAGCCGGUGAUGGGGGUGUCGCAGGCGAGAGUGGUCAUGCUGGGGAGCUCCACACCGAAGGGCGGGAAGCCCCAAAUGUCGAUUCGGGGAACAGCGCCAAUGCCAACUCGCACAAAGUGAAUUUCCCGAACGAGCAGGAUGAGUACAACUACCUUAGGGGAAGAAUGAAGGAUAUCAUGGGCACCCCGAAUGGUACCCCUGGGAAUAUGAAGAAGGUCCCCCAGAACGGUAACAACAGCUGUGAUGGCAGCGCGCAAAGUGACGAAGAGGAGAACACCCACCGCGCCGUUGGGACGACGACAAGUAACGCCAUGCCAAAUAACGGCAUUCCAAAUAGCGGCGUGUCUCGUAACGCCACGCAGUAUAAUAACAAUUUCCACGUGGACCGCUCCAGUGAUAACCACAGCGAUGAUAGCUACCUUAGAAAUGACACCUACGAAACGAUGAAUCAGCGUACUAUAGACCGAGUAGGAAAAAAUCAUCCCCCCAAAAAAGGACAAGAUCAUAAAGACCAGGACCAUAACAUAAACGGUGAAGAUAGAGACCCAUUGAACUACUCCAGCAGCCUGACGAAGGAGGAACAAUUCGCAGCAAUGCGGUUCCCCGGUAGCAACAGCUACGUGCAAAAAGGUGUACACCAAAAUCUGUUUAACCUACUUAACAUGGACGUCAACCUAGCAGGAAGUAGCUCCUCAGGAAACUUAAAUUCGACCUACGCAGAGAAAUUUAUGAAGAAAAAUUUAAUGUACUCUAAUGACGCCGUGGACAGACAGAGGAGGCGAAGUAGCUUCAAGCAGCAGGCAGGCACAAAGUAUGCCAGCGACGGGGAAGAAGUAGGAAACGGCGAAGAUUUUUACGGGCUCUAUAAUGAUAGCAUUGGGGGGAUUAACGGCAGGCAGGGAAGCGCUGCCAAUAGCAGGAGCGCGGCCAGUAACGGAAGUGGCAGCCACCAAGUGAGCAACUUCGAGCCCCCGUUUUUUAGCCAACCCGCGCAGCCCUCGCACGACCCACCUACGAAUGGAAGAAAAAAUGGAGACCGGAACUCAACCGCACGAAGGGACAGCAACAACGCCGAAGCUUUUUCCAAUGUAAGUAGCUGUCAGUAUGACCAGGAAGUCGAAACACAGCAACAGACGCCACUUCGCCUGUCGCAGCAGGGGUACAAAAAUGCAGAAAGGGGAACCUUUUAUAAAAUCCCCAAGACCGAUGCCCACUACGCCAAUGAACCGUACGAAGAAAUUUAUCAACACGAUCAGGGACACAACAUUUACUACGCACCCGAUGAGGAAGACACACCAAAUGGUCCAAACAAUGAUGAUGAUAAAAAUUUCUUCCAAACAGAUAUUAACACAAAUCAAAGUAAUACCACACAUCUGUACGCGAAUGAGAUGAACAGUCCAUUCCCUGAACAGAUAGACUCCAAACAAGAUAGCUUCCUCUACGAUGAUAAUAAUUUUUGCAACACUAGUUCCAACUUUUAUGAAAAUCACCUAAACAAGUCAUACAAUUAUGAAAAUAUAAAAGUGAGAAAUUCACUUAUGUACCUAAAUGAAAAUGAAGAAAAAAAUAAAAAUGUGAAGAAAAUAUUUUCGAAUGAUUUAACUUCCAUUUCGUUGGAUAAAGAAUUUAAUCAAAAGAAUAAAUUCUCAUUCAAUCAGAAAGUGGAGAAACACAAAGUGAAAAAUGGAAGAGGCAAAGUUCCCAGUGAGGAAAAUAACUAUAUCAAGUUGAAGAAGUCCUCCUUAGAUAAGCUAAGCCCCAAAGUUGAUGCGAGUAAAGCAAGGCCCUUUGUCUUAGCGUCAGGGAUAACGAUGGGUGCUGCCACUGCCCAGGCCUCUACACAGACCGCUACCCCAGUUGCUACCCCGGCUGCUCCACCCGUCGAAGGUUCCCUACCGAAAAAAAUUUUUAAAAAAAACGUGAACACAGAUGACAAACACAAGGCUGCCGAUCAGAUGAAACGGGGGAAGGCAAAGGCCAAGGACAGCGGCGUCGCGAACGGCAGUAGGCAAAACAAGUAA